CGUUGGCGUGACGUCUCUACAGAGAGAGCGCUAGCGUAUCGGAACGUGCAGGUGGUCUCGAGGAGAAGGGAGGGAGGGAGGGAGGGAGGAGAGGAGAGGAGAGGAAAGGACAGGAGAGGAGCACUGAAUGAACUACCGUUACCUCCAUAGACAGCGAGACGAUUCUUUAUUCCCUCUCUUCCUUUGUCCACCGCCAGCAGCGCGCCAUGGCGCCCCGCCGGUACAGCCCGAGCAGCCCCGCCGCCGUGCAGAGCGACACCGCCGCUGGAGCAGCACCGCCGGUUCGCCACUACGGAGAACCACACAAGUUUGAUCCUUCCUUCAGAGGUCCAGUCCGCAGAAGAAGCUGCACUGAUAUCUUAUGUUGUUUGAUCUUCAUCAUUGUCAUCUUCUCAUAUAUGGCCCUGGGGAUAGUGGCCUGGUUACAUGGGGACCCCAGGAAGGUGCUCCAUCCGACAGACAGCUAUGGCCAGUUCUGUGGUCAGAAAGAGACUUCCAAUGAGAAGAAACCCAUCUUAUUCUAUUUCAACAUCCUGAAAUGUGCCAACCCGGCUAUACUCAUCAACCUUCAGUGCCCCACAACUCAGAUGUGUUUGUCAAAGUGCCCAGACAGGUUUGCCACCUACACUGAGAUGCAGCUGCAACACAAACUCAGCAAGAGUUACUGGGAAUAUUACAGACAGUUCUGUAAGCCUGGCUUUAAUAACCCUGACAAGCCAGUGUCUCAGGUUCUGCGAGACGAGGACUGUCCCUCCAUGAUUGUACCAAGUAGACCAUUUCUCCAGAGAUGUCUCCCAGACUUCAUCACUCUGAAUGGGACUGUGACUGUAGCUAACAGAACCAGCUUUAAAGAUGCUCUGGAAAUGGCCCACACUGUGACUGAACUUGAACAUGCUGCCAAGGGUAUAACAGGACUGGUGGACACCAGGGAGCUUGGCAUGAAGAUAGUGGAGGAUUAUGCCAAGUCAUGGCCAUGGAUACUCAUAGGUCUGCUGGUCGCCCUGGCUGUUAGUCUGCUCUUCAUCCUGCUGCUGAGGUUCACAGCUGGCACUCUGCUCUGGGCUACCAUCAUCACUGUCAUCCUGCUGCUGGCAUACGGUAUGUGGUACUGCUCCAUGGUGCUGUCCCAGCUGAGACACACAGCUGGCUCUGAAGUUGCCAUCGUAGAAGUCGGCCUGCACACUGACCUGCACGUCUAUCUACAACUCACACAGACAUGGAUCAUAUUAUUGGUGUCUCUGGGACUGGCAGAAGCUUCCAUCCUGUUGAUGUUGAUUUUCUUGAGGAGGAGAGUGCGAGUGGCAAUCGCCCUGCUCAGAGAGGCCAGCAAAGCCAUCGGUUACAUCAUGUCCACGCUGUUCUUUCCACUCAUCACCUUUUUCUUGGUGUCUGUUUGCGUCUCCUACUGGGCCGUUACCGCCGUGUACCUGGCAUCGUCAGGUCAGGCUGUCUACAAGGUGACGUCUCCUGAUGUCAGCUGUCCCUAUACCAACAGAACCUGCAACCCUGAGACCUUCAAAAGGAGCAACAUCUCCCAGUCAGCAUUGUGCCAGGCUUCUCAGUGUCUGUUUGCCUUCUACGGCGGCGAGACGUCCUAUCACCGCCACCUCUUCCUGCUGCAGGUCUACAACCUGCUCAUCUUCCUCUGGCUGCUCAACUUCAGCUUGGCCCUGGAGCAGUGCACCCUGGCUGGGACCUUUGCUAGCUACUACUGGGCCAGGAGGAAGCCUCAGGAUAUCCCAGCAUGCCCACUCUUCUCAUCUUUCAGCAGGGCUAUCAGGUAUCACACAGGCUCGCUGGCCUUCGGAGCUCUCGUUCUCUCAGUCGCACAACUGGUCCGGCUCAUACUGGAAUACCUGGAGAACAAACUAAAAGGCGUUGACAACAGCCUGUCCAGGUUCAUCAUGCACUGUCUGAAAUGCUGUUUCUGGUGUUUGGAGAAGGUCAUACGCUACAUGAAUCGUAAUGCUUAUAUCAUGGUGGCCAUCUAUGGGAAGAACUUCUGCAGCUCAGCCAGAGAAGCCUUCUUCCUGCUGAUGAGGAAUGUGGUCAGGUAAGGAGGCUGGCUGCCUUCACUCCUUCUCUCUGAUCACAGCUUCUAAGUGUGAUACAUUUCUGUGAAGUUAUGGUCUUUAUAAGAGAGGCUGUUUAUGAUAAUGAAACUCUGUAAACACACACGUGUGUGAGACAGGCCCCAUAGACAUGGCUCUGGCUGUGAC